UGUUGCCAUAGUAACGUGACAACAAGAGGCAACGAACGUGGCGCCAGUUCAGACAGGGAUGGCCCGGCCCAGGUAUUUCACUCCCUCAGAGGUGGCCGCUCAUAACACAGCGUCCGACCUGUGGGUGUCAUUUCUGGGUAAAGUUUGUGACCUCAGCGCCCUGAUGAGCCUCCACAAAGGGGACGCUCUGCUGCUGCCCAUCAUGGAGUGUGCAGGAAAGGACAUCAGCAGCUGGUUCGACCCCAAAACCAAAGACGUCCUGAAGUACGUGGACCCUCUGACCAGCUGUGUGAGGUACUACACCCCCAGGGGGCGCUUCAUUCACAUCCCCCCCACCGGGCCUCGCUCCGACUGGGACAGUGACUUUGGCGAGCCAUGGUGGCGGGACGCCCGCUACGAGGUGGGACGCCUCUCCGCUAAGACCCGGUGGAUACGAGUCCUCAACACGCUGACGUCACAGGAGACACGGCUACAGGUGUGUUCGGAGGAGACUCUGGAGGAGAUCCUCCAGCGUUACCUGCGCUACAACUCUCACGCCCGGAGCUACACCUGGAAACACAACGGGCAGAUUCUGGACAUGAGCCAGACUCUGAGCCAGAACCAGGUCCCUGACGAGGACCACCAGCUGGAGGAGCUGCUCCUGGACCCAGACCUGUUCACCCCGGCCCUCCUGCUGCACUUCAACGACGACCUGACCGAGGGAUGACCACAACCACCACCACAAACACAACCAGCACCACAACCACAACCAGCACCACAACCAAAACCAGUACCACAACCAAAACCAGUACCACAACCACAACCAGCA